CGUUGACAUCCAUCAAACUGCACGUCAAUAACCUUUGAUCAAUCUAUCGGGCACUUGCAUUCAACAGUUCAACGUCAGGCUGGAUGUGUCAAGUGAGCGGCAUCUAAGACCCUCGAAAUGAUUGCAGCAUCGUGCAGAAGACGCAGCCUGCCACCCUUUCUCACCACUUGAGGCCCCUCGUUGUACGACUUGGAGAUGCCCUCGCCCAUCCCACCACAUCACUGAGCAAUUGUCUUAAACCCUGACCCGUCUCGUCUCUCUUGGAUGACCCUUACCGAAGCCGUCUCCUCUGGUCCAACCUUCAUCCGCCAACAUCCAAUGGCUCGGAGUUUACUAGGAACCCGCCGAUGACGCUCUCUACCCGUCUCUGGCCUUGGAGCCUCCCGUCUUUCGCCAUUCCGUGUGGGUGUCGCGUCCUUCCGCUGCCCUUACUGCCUAGUCUUAAGUGCGACGGGGGUUAUGAUAAUCUACUACCCCAGUCCAAGUACCGUGUGCAUGCUCAGUGCCGGCGCUUGCUAACUUGCCUUGUCGGCCAACGUCCACUUACUGUAUCUUGUGCUAGUUCAUCAUCAUCAUCAUCAUCCCGACUACGCCACCAGGUAUGGCUCCAGCUUACACAGCACACCGUUCGGCGCAUGGAGGAAGAGUCCCCAAGACACCUGAGACAACGUCUGGCCCCCUCCCAGGGUACCAUCUCUCGUACAACACCAAGAGACCGAUCCUUGGCGUCCGCUUCCCGUUCAACAGCCAGAGUCAGAGUCAGCGCUACCUCACCUUCUGCACUCCUCCCCUUACCGGAAGCAAGCCGGUGUGACAUGGGAGCCCAGACAAGUGUCUCGGGGACUUGCGCUCUCUACUAUGCCAGCGCGACCAUCACCGUCUGCUUCCGACCCCAGCAUCCACGUCCUCGGCAAGGCCAUGGGCUUGGUCGGAAGUGCCAGCGAGGACUGACACGUUCAACACACGCAACUUGAUCUAUAUAGAAUCCGUGAUCUUCUCCCAUACAAUACCCUUGUUUCUCAGUCUCCCCAUCAGGAUAAACAAACAAGAUCAACAGAGUAGCGUUGCCAUUUCAUCUGCCUC